AUGAGCGCCGAACAGCGGCAAGCCACCGGCGCUAGCACGAAUACCAAACGACGAUUGACUGAGCUAGAAGAUGAUGGGAAGGCUACAGGGGAACCUAAGCGUCAACGAGUUUCGCGGGCUUGCGAUAGUUGCCGGUUGAAGAAGGACAAAUGCGACGGAUUACAGCCAGUGUGUUCGACUUGUGCAUCGCUCUGUCGACCCUGUACCUAUAAGGUCAACCCGAAGAAGCGAGGCCUGCCCACAGGCUACAUUCGAUCGCUGGAGUUGCUUUGGGGGCUGGUAUUUCAGAGGAUCCAAGGCAGCGAAGAUGUCAUGCGAGCUUUGAUGCGAUCAAUCAAUCUUCCGCAUCACUUGGCCACGAUGGGCAAAGAAACAGAGGGGUCUGAUGCGUUGCUGGCUUCCUUCAAAAACAGCACAGUACUCAAAGACAUUGAACGGAUUCUAGUAAUACUAGAGCAACCGGAGGAGGAAAGGGAACGAAACCUCCUUGCGUAUGGCGAGGGUGAUACACCUCUAGACGUGGAAAGGAUUCUUUCUUCUGCUGAAGCACAGGAGUGGCAAAUCCCCGAUGGCAUAGAAGCUCGCGAGACGCCGUUACCAAGAGUAUCCCCGACUCAAACAACAGUGGGCAUCUCUCCUAGGAGAGGUACCCGACCACACCCUACUACAGACUGCGGCAUUCAGACAACCACAUCAGAUGACCUUCCCUCGUCUGUCAAUUUUCCUUCGAAUCCCGACAAUCCUCAAUCGCUCUCCAUGAAACCGCCUCUACAACUACCCGGUAAUGCGUGGCCCCUUUUCGAUGUGUAUUUUUCCUACACGCAGUGCUGGUUCCCCAUACUCGAAAAGCAUGACGUACUUCGCACCGCAUUUCAAUAUAACGAAGGCGAUGUAGAUGUAUCUGCCCUUUCCUCCGGGUCCGGGGAGCACGCGGCCUUGUGGGCUGUCCUCACUCUCGCCUCGCUACAGUAUGCAUCUAUUUCAGCCUCCAGCCAAGUCGAAGAGCAGACUAGGGAUCAGAUAACCUCAUCAGAAAUGUAUGUUACUGCCCGGGAAUUGAUUCCGCCUGAGAGUGGCCCGCACCAAAUCGGACACGUGCAGGCACUACUGAUCCUGGCUCUGGUCAAAUUCGGACAACAAGAAUGGGCUGAUUCUUGGAUGCUAGUUGGUCAGGCAGUUCGGGUUGCGCAUAUACUAGGUCUCAAUCAACCCUCAUACUCAGCAUCGUCGAGAACCCCCGAUCAAGAAAAACAGCUUGGUCGAGCAAAACAUGUGUUUUUGGGUUGCUUUGUUCUGGAGACCCUAAUUGCGGAAUCAAUUUCACAAUUCCCAUCGCUUCGAAAGGCAGACCUAGCCAGUAUAGGCUCUAUCAAUGAGGAUGGUCUGGAGGAAUGGCAUCCUUGGGAAGAUCAAACUGGGCUACGGCCCGCCCAAUCCUCACGGGCGUCUAUGCAGCGAGGUCCCCUUCACGCGUUGAGCACUUUCAACCGCCUUGUCAGCCUUGUAUCCAUUUUGAAUGACCUAUGCUGUUGCAAGCACGACCCAACGAUAUCUCGAUCACACCUGGAGCAACUGGAGUUGCAAUUAGAGCGCUGGGUAACAGAAUUACCAAAGAGCUAUCGUGUCGAUCUACAAAGUCGUCCUUCGAGACUAGCUUCCCCACAUAUUUUUGGGUUAGAGAUGACAUAUGCAAGUAUUGUCGUCGUUCUCAGCUCUCAAAUUGCCAUUCGUGAAUAUGACCAAAACGUACCUGAACCGCCUCACAAAAUCCGUGCUACAGAAAGCUCGAAACGGCUUCUGCAUUUGCUUCAAGCCUACAUGGAGACAUAUAGCUUUUCAGCCACCGUACCAACCUUCGGUUUGAUGCUUCGAUUUGGCCUUCCUCAAUCCAUUUCCAAGGACCUCCCAUCAAAUUUUGAUAUGGGAUUACGAAACACCAUCCACAAUCUUUCCUCCCAGCUUUCUACGCUGUGGACUAUGCCAGACCGACAAACGCUGAGUCGAAAUGUGCCACAAAGAUCUCAAGUCUUGGGUAUCUCUUCUGCGGCGUCGCGGCACAUGAAUACCUCUACCAACCGAGACAUGACGAUCCCGUCAUCUCUCUCAAUAGGCACACCUCCACAUCUUCAUAUCACACAUGCGACACACCCGCCCCAAAAUAACACACAUGCUGAGGCUGCCCUUGAAACCUCACUCCUCUCCACGCCAUGGCUCAGAGCCACACAACACAUCGAAGAUGUAUCUCUUCUCCGCACACCCUCAUCCAUAAACUCUAUCGGGGGCGCCUCUGAAUUUCCUCCACGACAGGGCCACUUGGAUGGUUCUCUUAAUAAUGUGCUUACUCAUCCUACAUCAGCACCUAGCAAAUCCCAUAAUAGUAGUACUGGGAUGCUCACCGAGCUUUCGCCAUCAUACCAUCAAGCCACACAAUACCAUACAACAGCAUAUCACGAUCAAUCGCUCAGUAUGGGCGGCACGUUUGUCGACAUGGAUGGAUAUGCACGCUCGCGGAGCCAGCGGAUUGCUCCUGACCUCGAUGCGUUAUUUGAUGAGCUAGCGUCCUUAGAUGGCGCGGAAAAAGCCGACCACCAACCAGAGUUCAUGCAGAACCUAGGUUUUGUCUCCGAUGUGGGUAUUCCUGAGCUCUACUCAUUCUCCGGUCAGAUCGAGCCUUUCUUGCUGGCACAGACUCAGCAGCUACCCAAUAAUGACACUCCGUCUGAUAUGCGGCGAGAGUCACAGCCUGUUAGCAUGUCGGGAAACCCCAAGCGAUGA